AUGGAAGAAGACGGGCACAACGCCCUCAGUCUGGCCGCAUAUUGUGGGACGAUCGAGAUCGUGGAAUCACUACUCGCCCAUGGUGCCACGGUAGACGUGCUGGGACCAGAUAGCCGAACCGUACUGCAUGUGGCCGUGGCAGGCGACAAUCCUGAUGUCGUCCCAUCGCUCUGUCGCGCAGGCAUCGCGAUUAAUGCACUCGAUGCGUCGGGAAACACGGCUCUUCAUUUGGCGGCUCUUUACGGACGUGCUGCUUUCGCCCGCUUGCUUCUGGAGAUGGGGGCAGACUUGUCCAUCUCUCCAGGGGAUGGACGAACGGCGUUGCAUUAUGCUGCCUUCAAUGGACAAGUAGAUCUCCUACAGGUGCUAGUAGAUGCUGGCGCCGAAGUGGGCGCCAUCCAUCGCGACGGAGGUCACACGGCGCUGCACUAUGCCGCCAUCAAGGGAAGUGCCGAUGCAUUUCGCGUUCUCAUGCACGCGGCCGACGCCCAGAACCUCGAUUUACUCAGCCCCUGCUGGUGCGGAGGAACUGUCUUGUCCAAGGCCGCAACCAAGGGUCACCGAGUCAUUAUUGAGCUGAUGGUGGAACGAGGCAUAGAUGUGACGGCUUGCCAUGAUGGGUCGUCGGCCCUGCAUGCGGCGGCAGCAGCUGGGCAGACCCAUCUUGUCGAGUUCUUGUUGUCCCUGGGGUCUGAUCCGAUACAACUGGACUGGUUUGGUCGAUCCUCCAUGGACUGGGCCGCUCGACAUCUUCCGACACUGGAGAAGCUGAUAGGAGAUGGUCCCUCAUCAAUUCCUCCACCCGAUGAAGGGAAACGAAUUUCAGCUCUAAAGAAGGGCAUCACGAUGCUUGCCACUCGAGCCCUAACGGAGGGAAAGUCGGCCUCGUACCGGCUGGGAAAGUGUCUGCUCUACAUCGAUGAUGUCUCCGCGGCCCGUAUCGCAUUUCUGUAUGAUGCUAAGGUCGAUCCUAGUGUUCCUGACAGUGCCUGGGCCGUUUGUGAUCUCUGUAGAGAGAAGCCGGCAGUCACAGAAGGUCGAUUUGUGUGUCAAACCUGUCCCGAUAUCGAUCUCUGUCGCCAGUGUUUGGACCAGUACUACCAGGAUGGGCUUCAAGUCAGGUUGUGUAAUGGACAUCAAUUUUUUGAGGUUCAAGCCUCUGGCGAAGAGCUCCUCGCUAUACAGACAAAGGAAAUCAGAGAGACAUGGCUCCGUAGCCUCAUUGCAAUGUACGAUAGCUCUACCUAG